AACAGGGAGGGAAGGAGAGAGAGAGAGCGCGCAAGAGCCUCUGUGGGUCACGUGGCCUAGAGAGAUUCUGACCCCCUCCUCCCCGCCCUUUGCAGGAGCGGUUGCUAUGGACGCGUGGAGUCGAGUACUGUAUUGGCAUUGGGCGAUUGAGGCUCUUUAGAACGGGGGCGUGGCUUUUCCGCUCCUCGCGGAAGGGGCGUGGCUGUUGUGCGCGCGUGGGGGGCGUGGCCAGGGCCCUGAUCCGGGAGGCUCCGAUUGUUGCGCCCUUGUUUCCCCUCUCAGGCGGAGGUUCCGAGCCAGAGCGCGGUCUUCUCACGCAGAGCCUUCGCCUCGCCCCGCCAGGGCCCCGGCCCCGCUACCUGCCCGGCGGUCCCUCCUUCCCUUCCUCCUCCCGUCCUCCGUCCGAUCGAUCGUCUCCCGACCCGGACAUGUUGCCCAACACAGGGAAGUUGGCAGGAUGCACGCUCUUUAUCACGGGUGCAAGCCGUGGUAUUGGAAAAGCGAUUGCCUUGAAAGCAGCAAAGGAUGGGGCAAAUAUUGUGAUAGCUGCUAAGACAGGAGUGCCACAUCGUACACUCCCAGGAACGAUCUACACUGCAGCAGAAGAAAUUGAAGCAGCCGGAGGAAAAGCUUUGCCAUGUAUUGUUAACGUGAGAGAAGAAGAUCAAAUUGCUGAUGCAGUGGAUCAGGCUGUACAGAAGUUUGGAGGGAUAGAUGUUCUUGUGAAUAAUGCAAGUGCUAUCUCUCUGACUGGCACACUGGAAACACCUACAAAGAAAGUGGACCUUAUGAUGAGUGCCAACACAAGAGGAACAUACCUCACGUCAAAAAUAUGCCUUCCAUACUUGAGAAAAAGCAAGAUUGGUCAUAUCCUUAAUAUCAGCCCUCCAAUAAAUUUAAACCCACUGUGGUUCAAAAAUCACUGUGCUUAUACCAUUUCUAAAUAUGGGAUGUCGAUGUGUGUGCUGGGAAUGGCAGAAGAAUUCAGAGGCGAAGUUGCAGUUAAUGCUUUAUGGCCUCUAACAGCUAUCUAUACCUCUGCGAUGGAUAUGUUGGGAGGAGCUGGUGUAGAGAAACAAUGCAGGAAAACGGAUAUUCUAGCAGAUGCUGCAUAUUGUAUUUUAACAAAGCCCAAAAGUUUCACCGGAAAUUUUGUCAUCGAUGAAAAUUUGUUGAGAGAAGAAGGAAUUAAGAAUUUUGAUGUAUAUGCAGUUGCCCCAGGACACCCAUUGCUACCAGAUUUCUUCUUGGAUGUGGAUCCUGAGACCUUAGCAAUGAAAAUGGAAGCACAAGGAGGUUCUCCAGCAUUCAGAGAAGGGAAAAAACAAGAGGUAAUGAAGCACGAAGGUCCUGACCCAACUAAAACUGAAGGUUCUAAGCAUCAUGUGCAUUUUGCUGCUGAGAACGCUAGCGGGCCUGUGGCAGACACAUUUAAAAUUAUUAAAGGGGCAAUUAGUGAAGACGUUGUCAAGUCAACCCAAGGAGUUUAUCGGUUUGAAUUAUCUGGUGAAGAAGGAGGAACAUGGUAUAUUGAUCUUAAAAACAAAGGUGGCAGUGCAGGAAGUGGAGACCCACCAGGAAAAGUGGAUGUGGUCAUGAGCAUGUCUAGCAGUGACUUUGUAAAAAUGUUUUCAGGCAAACUAAAGCCAACUAUGGCUUUCAUGUCUGGAAAGCUGACAAUCAAGGGUGACAUGGCCUUAGCAAUCAAGUUGGAAAAACUGAUGGGCCAGUUUAACUCCAAACUGUGAAGAUAGAAAGGGUGGUUUGUGUGCCACAUUGCACAUUCAAUAAACAUGCAGUGCUUUGCUGUUGAAGAUACAUAGCAAUGCUUGCUUUUUAACAGAGUAUUGUGAUUUAUACAUAUUUCUGAGAAAAGUGCCAUUUUUGUGAUAACUGGAGGCUGUUCCUAAUUUAAUUGGCUUGUAAUGAAAUUCUGUUGAUUAAACUGAGAACUCGUUCUUGUUUCUUAACACUUCUUAGAAAGUGUUCAUAGGAUCAGUGGGCCUUCCUUUUCUUUGUAUGAGAAUCAAUGCAGCAUAAUUUGUAUAAGUAUAUUAAAUUCAAGGCAGCCAGAUGCCCUUUUUCUGGGUAGAGGACAUUGCCAUUUUCCUUUUUGUAAAGUUUCUAUGUAUCAGGGUUCGGUCCCCCCCCCCCAGGACUUUUUUUUCUUAAAGUUAGUGCACUAGUGAACAUAAAAAAUUAAAUUGCACUGAUGCGGUUAAAUACAAGCUAGAUCUUCUGUCUCAGAAAUGGAAACUUGUUCCUUUGUUCCAUUGCUUUUAAAAACCCUGGAGUGGGAAACCUUUAUGCCAUGUAGAAUCAGGAAAACUGAAAUCCUGUUGACAUCAGUUCAGUACACCAGGGUUCAUCUUCAAAUGAAUUGCCUCUAAGGCAGUUCUGUGUUUUUGUUCUUGCUAUUGAUGCUUUGAAAGCAUAGGUGCCUUUUCAGGUCUGUUCCCCACCCCUACUCCACAUUCUGCCUGGGUUUCAAUUACAGAAUCAUUUAUUUUCCUAAGGAAAUGUAACUCUCUUGAACAAGUUCAUGUCCUCCGGCAUUAAGAAACAAAACCACAGGCAUGUGCCUUACUAGGUGCUUUCAUCAUUGUCUCAGAUAAUAAGAGUGAUUCUGAAUGAAAUCUUUUAGUAUUUGAAUUGCUGCUGUGAAAAUUCAGUUCCUGCCAAAUUGUCCCUACAAAAAUAGUUGAAAUAAAAUGUGUGUUUCCUCUGUAUAAGUCUCUUUGCUUACUAUACUCAUUCUGUAUGUGCUGAAUGAUUCUUUUCCAGACUCUUUGUUAACUGAAGGGCUGUGAAGUGGGGAGGUGAUGCUGAAGUGUCCUGGGUUUUUCUUGAUAAUUGGAGAGUCUUUUGUAUGACUGAUUUGUAACCAGAUUAAAAGAUAAUAUAUUGAUACUUCGAGUACAAUGCUUGUCAUGUUAGGCACCAAGUUACCUUGAGUCUCACUUUUGGGAGAAAGGUAGAAUAUAACUCCAAUAAAUACAAUACAAUAAAAUACAUUUUCAAAGCU